UAAUGCCACCCUGGUUUUUGUUUUGUAAAGUGAAAUUGUUGCAAGUCAAACAACAAUAAUAAAAAUCAUUUAAAGCGCGUACAAGAAGUCAAAAAGAAUUGCCCACACAAAGCACGGCGACAACUGCAAGUGGCUGAACAAAUGACCACCGCCGCCUCCACAUCGCAGCAUGCGACAUCGUCCUCCACAAUGAUGGCGGGAUCUGGAUCCUUGGCGACCUCGUCGUCCGCCGCCGCCCCCACAACCACGCCCAGCAGCUCGGCAGUUCGCGCCCUGGCCAUGGAGUACAAGUCGCUGCAGGAAGAGCCGGUGGAGGGAUUCCGCGUCAAGCUGAUCAACGACGACAAUUUGUUCGAAUGGGAGGUGGCAAUCUUCGGGCCACCGGACACCCUCUACCAGGGCGGCUACUUCAAGGCACACAUGAAGUUCCCGCACGACUAUCCAUACUCACCGCCAUCCAUACGCUUCCUGACCAAGGUCUGGCAUCCGAAUGUCUACGAGAACGGUGAUUUGUGCAUAUCCAUACUACAUCCGCCGGUGGAUGAUCCGCAGAGCGGCGAGCUGCCCUGCGAACGCUGGAAUCCCACGCAGAAUGUGCGCACCAUCCUGCUGUCGGUCAUAUCGCUGCUCAACGAGCCGAACACAUUCUCGCCGGCCAACGUGGACGCCUCGGUCAUGUACCGCCGAUGGCGGGACUCACAGGGUAAGGACAAUGAGUAUCCAAACAUCAUACGGAAACAGGCACUGGCCGCCAAUGCCGAGGCCAAGCGGGAGGGCAUUGUGGUUCCGAUGACCCUGGAGGACUACUGUCUGAAGCCCACGCGCAAGCCCACAACGGAGUCUGGCCUGGAUGCCAACUUCUACGAUGAUGACUUCGAUCUGGAGACGGAGGAUGAUCUGCCAUCUGAUGAUGACUUCGAUGAGGACGACGACGAUGAUGAGGACGAGGAUGAAGAUGAGGACAGUGCCACCGCGCCGAUUAGCAAAAAUAAUGGAGACAGCAGCAAGUGCAAGAACAACGGGCUGGUCAGAGAGGCGGCCGCUGCCGGAGCGGACGAUGCCGAAUCCGCUGAUGACAGCGGCAAGGGCGAGACCACAUAAUGCAGCCAGGCCAGAGUCGCGUCAUCUCUUCCUCCCACUCCUGCCCAGGGCGGCGAGCCACCGCCUUUUAAUUUCUCCAACAUUAUUACUAUUAUUAAUUCUAAUUAUACACGUUUCGAAACUAAACCGAACAACUGAGAAAACAA